AUGUCAGACAAAGAAUGUAAAAGUACGUCAGAAUCUGAAUCUUCGAGUUCGUCAUCUUCAUCUACGUUAGUGACUUAUUGUGCAGAAAAAUCUGACUCGGAUACUGAGAAAGAGCCGGAUUGCGAUGCGGAAAAAUCUGAAUCAGAUUGCGCUCAAGAGAAAUCUGAGACAGAUUGCGCUGAAAAGACAAAAUCAGAAACAGAAUGGAAAAUUAAGAUACACAUACCUCCAAGGGCGAAAUGCAAUACCAAAACUCAAACUUACAUAGAAAGUAAUAAAGCAGAUUGUGACACGGAAAAGACUGAGAUUAUGAAAAAAGACUGUACAAAGAAAGAAUUUACAAAUUCAAAUACACAGACUGAUGAAAUAGCACUGGAUGAAUCAGCUAUUUCAUGUACAAUUGAGUCGGAAACAGCUGAUGAUAAAAGGGCAGAUUUUUAUAACGCAGUUAGUCAACAUUGGGAUGGAUGA